UCUGUGCUGGUCGGUUGGUCCUCUGCGGCUUUAUCGCUCCGACAAGCCGGGGAGAGGAGAAGCAGCCGCGGGACCUCUGCUAUGGAGCUCUGAUAAAGACACGACGGCGAGCUCCCCCGUCGGAGAAACGAAACCUCAGUCCCCUACAUGACCAAAGAAACUGGAGCGGCCACGAGAAACGCAAGCGUAACAAUCAUGCAGUUCAAAUACCGACGAAUCUGAGCAGCCGCCUCUCCUUCAAGGUUACGCCGCUCGAAGACGCCCCAGCAUCCCUCGCCUACACCCCCCUUACCGGUUACCGACCAUGUCCGUGGAGGAGCGGGGAUACCCCGACGCGAUGCUGCUGCUGGAGGCCGGGCCGGAGUGGAUGCGCGCCGAGAUCGAGCGCCUCGCCCGGGAGCUGAGCGAGACCACGAACGAGAAGAUCCAGGCGGCGGAGUACGGGCUGGCGGUGCUGGAGGAGAAGCAGCAGCUCAAACAGCAGCACGACGACCUGGAGACGGAGUACGAGGCCGUGAGGCAGGAGCUGGACCAGCUGAAGGAGGCCUUUGGACAAGCCUACUCCAACCACAGAAAGGUAGCAGCAGAUGGGGAGAGUCGCGAGGAGUCUCUAAUCCAGGAGUCAGCAUGUAAGGAGGCCUACUACGAGCAGAGGGUCCUGGAGCUGCAGACCGAGCUCCGCCAGGCACGCAACAUCCUCACCAAUACCCAGUCUGAGAACGAACGUCUGAUCACCAUCUCCCAAGAGAUGAGAGAGAACAGCCAGAUGGUGGAGCUGCAGAGGAAUCAGCUGCGGGAUGACAUCAAGGAGUACAAGUUCCGGGAGGCUCGCCUGCUGCAGGACUACACCGAGCUGGAGGAGGAAAACAUCUCGCUGCAGAAGCAGGUCUCCGUGCUCAAACAGAGCCAGGUGGAGUUUGAGGGUUUGAAGCACGAGAUCCGUCGUCUAGAGGAGGACACUCAGUUCCUGAACAGCCAACUGGAGGAUGCCAUCCGCCUGAAAGAGAUUGCUGAGCGUCAGCUAGGAGAGGCCCUGGAGACCAUCAAGACUGAGCGUGAGCUAAAAGCAUCCCUUAGGAAAGAGCUUUCCCACUACAUGAACAUCGGAGACAGUCUGUAUCACAGCCCACUGAGCAUCUCUCUGGAUGGUCUCAAGUUCAGUGACGAUGCCGGUACCGAGCCAAACAACGACGAGGCUCUCCAAGGAUACGAGAACGGCUUCAUCAAACUGGCCAACACAUUUGCUGACAACAACCGCAUCUCCACGCCCAGGAAGGAAGAGUUGUUCUGUCCUGUGCCCAGCCUCGUGGACGACCUGCUGAGCGAACUUAACAUCUCGGAGAUCCAGAAGCUCAAACAGCAGCUGAUACAGAUGGAGCGUGAGAAGGUCAACCUGCUGUCCAACCUGCAAGACUCCCAAAAACAGCUAGAGCAGGCUAACGGUGCUCUGUCAGAGCAUCAGGAGAAGGUCAACCGCCUCACAGAGAACCUCAGCGCCAUCCGCAAGCUCCAGGCCAGCAAGGAGCGCCAGUCGGCCUUAGACAACGAGAAAGAACGCGAUAGCAACGAAGACGGAGACUACUACGAGGUGGACAUCAACGGACCUGAGAUCCUGGAGUGCAAGUACAAGGUUGCUGUGUCUGAAGCAGCAGAGCUGAAGGAGGAACUUAAGACUCUGAAGGCGGAAUACCAGACCUGUCAGUCGCGAUACGAUGAGGAGCGCAACCGUCUAGAGAACGAUGUCACAACACUGGGAGAGAAGCUGGGGACUUUGGAGAGGACAAGUCAGGCAGAGAAAGAUGCGAAGACCAAGCUGGAGAAGGAGCUUCGCAAGUUGAGCGACGUGGCAGGCGAGUCACAAGGUAGCCUGAGUGUGGCACAGGAUGAGCUAGUCACCUUCAGCGAAGAACUGGCCACCCUCUACAACCACGUCUGCAUGUGCAACAACGAGACACCCAACCGCGUCAUGCUCGACUUCUACAAGGAAGGUAAGGGUGGUCGGAGCAGCCCGGAGGGCCGCGGCCGCCGCUCCCCCAUCCUGCUCACCAAGGGCCUCUUCCCCGAGCCUGUUAAAACUGACGUCAGCGACCCUUCAGCAUUCUCCCCCCUGCCUUCUCCUGUAUCUGACCACCGCCGCGAGCCUAUGAACAUCUACAAUCUGGUGGCCAUCAUCAGGGACCAGAUCAAGCACCUGCAGCUAGCCGUGGACCGCACCACCGAGCUGUCGCGCCAGAGGGUGGCCUCUCUGGAGCUCGGCACUGUGGCCGACAAGGACAAGGAGGCCUGCAUGGAGGAGAUCCUCAAAUUAAAAUCUCUGCUCAGCACCAAGAGGGAGCAGAUUGCCACCCUGAGGACAGUCCUCAAGGCCAAUAAGCAGACAGCUGAAGUCGCCCUGACCAAUCUGAAGAGCAAGUACGAGAACGAAAAGGCCAUGGUGACCGAGACCAUGAUGAAACUGAGGAACGAGCUCAAAGCGCUAAAGGAAGACGCCGCCACCUUUUCCUCUCUCCGAGCUAUGUUCGCCACACGAUGUGACGAGUAUGUGACCCAGCUGGAUGAGAUGCAGAGGCAGCUCGCUGCAGCAGAGGAUGAGAAGAAGACCCUGAACUCGCUGCUGCGGAUGGCGAUCCAGCAGAAACUGGCCCUGACGCAGCGCCUGGAGGACCUGGAGUUUGACCACGAGCAGACCCGUCGCGGAGGCACCGCCAGCCGCGCUAAGACCCGCAGCAAGGCCGUCAGUGCUGCCAUCAACAACCCCCACGUAAGUCAGAGUCUCACCUGCUCUGGCACCGGCCGCCCAGAGCCCAACAUCGCCGUGCCCAAUGGCAUUCUGGGAGGCCCUGUGGUCUUUUGCAGCGAGAAGUACAAGAUCUACUGCGACUGAGGCGGACAAGAUUUCCGCAAGGGACUGCUGUGUACAGAGGGGAGGGCGCCUGUCGGCCGAACCCUCCCUGCCUUAGUGUUAAAGAGCCCCACUCGCUCGCUUAGCUCCCUGGCACGCCUGCGCUCCUCUAGGGACUGCUGUGUGACUAACCAGCUGCUCGUGUGUGCUAGUGUUAACGCUUAGGGGAAUGCAGAUGUAUGUACAGUGUGCACUAGACAUUUGGACUGUAGUAGACAUAUAUGGCAUGUGGAUUAUAGGGCCCCGGUUAUAUUGGGGGUUUUGUGGAUAUUAUGGAGUGUCUAUUCUUUCCUCUGUCAUGGUGCCGUACGUAUGAUGUAAAAGGCGGCCGCUUCUGUGCUUGGUUGUUCUUCCCCCUGAGUGUAUUGCCUGGUAACAGUAACACAUUGUGGGGGUGGGGACUUGUGAAGAGGAUGUCAAUUUGAAGCUCUUGUAACUAAAUAUGACAUCCUCUGCUCUACGGCUUGUCCGUUGGUAUUGGUGCUCCUUUCGAAAUAAAAGCCCCCUUCUCUCCUCUGCCUCUCCGUCCUGGUCCCCCAGGACUGACCUGUGCCCAGUCACCCACUGUCUAAUCAGGUCACUCUUAAAUGUUUACAAGAAGAAAAGAAAUAUGCAAUCUCCCUCUGCUUUCUUGCACGGGGAGCACAAAAUGAUUCUACACAGAAAUUCAAAAACUUGCGAGUGGGUUUUCUGGUGUAAUUGUUUUGGGCCGAUAAGGAGCACCUGUGACCACGGGUGUUUAUUUCAGGAUGGUUUCGAAGCUGUGAUCGUAGCACACCAAUACAAUAGGGUUGGUAGAAUCGCAUGGCUUUGCAGCUAAAAACGCUUAUGAGCUUUUUUACGUUUUUUUUUUUCUGUUGUCAGGUGUGUGGUACAAGACAAAUGUGCCGCAGGGCUCUACAUUGUAAAAAGAGGAGUUAUUUGGUGUCGGGUGCGAUACAGGAGGGCUAUCUAUUCCAUGUGACCCAUUACGUUGCGAUGGAUUCCUUCAGAGCCAUAUUAUAAGAGAGGAAGAAAAGUUUUGACAAAUCGAUCUCCACACCCAAAUUAAGUGCACUUCAGCAUAGGUGCCUCAGGUUCCUACUUCUGUUGGAAUGAUAUAUUGAUUACUGUGAACAGAGAUACAAUAUAGUUUUGAUCAAAGAUGAGUUUUUUUUUUUAAAAACGGUGCAAAUCCUAAAAGAGCACAAUUUAAUAAAGGCACCCGCAUCUAUUCUGGAUAAUAAAUCUGCAAAGAAAACCAAGCAACCACACGGCAAAAGUGCCUGUCGACCCAAACACUUGAUAUAUUUAUCUAUCUGCUGAUGUAAAGCCCUGUCCUGUGUCUCUCUCACUCUGUCCUCGCUUCUCCGUCUCUCUCCCCUCUAUCCUCUCUCAGUUUUUGAGAGCUCUGUGUGUUGAUGUGGAUGAAAACAUUUUUCCUCACGUUUUUAAUCUGUGUUUUGUCGCUCAGUCGCCAUAACGACCCUCUCUCUUUUAGACUGUCAGCAGCUUGCUCCAGCAGCAUCACCAUUCACCCUUUAAAUAGAAUGAGGAGUAUUUUUGUCAGGUAACGUCCUCACAUACUUUGUGUUCCUGAUUUGUUUUUUGCCUGUUUGUGUAUCAGAGUUGAAGUGAAGGGCCCUCAUGUGUGUGUCAUGUUUCUAACCUUUGCAAAUGGAGGGUUGCUCAUUUCUUUUGUCUUUAAUUUGGUGUGUGAGGACACAGCGACGUACUGUUUUAGUAUCCACACAAUAGCUUUAACCCCUCGCAAGCUAGCAUUACGCAAAUAGGAACAAAAUAUAAGUGGGGCUUGUGUUUAAAUCCAUGUAUUGCUUGUGGAUCAUAGACACAUUAGCUUUAUGAUGCUGAAAGCAGGGUUGAUGUGAGGAAAAUCCUGCAAGAUUGAUCAAAUUAGAAGUUUUCUACUACUACUAAGCUAUAUAUUGUACUCUAUAUUCUUAAUAUGAUCAUGUUCAGGUUAUAAUCUUGCAGGAUCCUACUACAGUAUUCCUUCCUCUCAGAUAUGAAGAGAGGGGUGUUCCUUUAUGCCUCAGACAAUGGAACAAUGUCACCAGUCAACCCUGCUUGAGUGUGCAUCCAUAAGCCACAGCACACAGCAUGGAUGUUAGAGAUAGAGAAAAAAACAAAUGCAGCCUCCUGGGAGGUCAAUCACUCUUACGUUUGUGAUUCACUUAACUUACAAGUGCGAUAUAUUCAGUUUCUAUCAGUUUGCGCUGACAGAGAAAAGGUUUGCAGAGUAGUCGAGGGAGAACUACUCGUGUUGUAAACCAGCUCCUGAGAGAGAGAGGAGAGAGGAGAGAAGAAAAGCUAGACAUGCUGGUGAGGAAAGCCACAUGUCCGACUGAGAGCUGACUCUCAUACUAUAGUGAAAUGAGUUUCCUGAGGGAGAAACUCACUGUGGAGGAAGAGACUAGUUGCUCAAUCAACCAGAGGACAUUGAUUCAAAUAAGUCGAGCCCCUAACCCCUUCUCUCCCCUUGUAUAGGCUCAGUGGGAUCACUGAGCAGUAGAUAGACCCCAAGAUGUGAUUGUAACUAGAACCCCCUUCUCUCAACGAUGAUGAAUCCCCACUUUGCUCCAUCUGGUUGGAAAUCAAUGUCUGGCUCAGCUUGCCACCUAAAAGGCUCCUCCUACCUCUGUUUGCAGGCUCCGCCCACUUCACAUUUGAGUUUUACUACCCAUGAUGCAUCUAGUGUCUGAUUUCAUGUAAGCCUGCAUGUAUUAAAAAAAAAAACAUAACCCAUUUUUCAUGUACUUGCAUGGCACAAGAAAAAAACCCAUCUCCUCUGACACCGGGUGGCGGGAUGUGGCUUCAGCUCUGUCCUAUGAAUGACAUGGUCGUGGUACUCGUGAGUCAUUGGCUUCCUAACUGCACCCGCAGGAUGAAACAUAUAGAUGAGGUCGAUCAGACAUGAACGCACCUGACGUGAUAUCACUGGUCUCCGGGGCUCCUACCUAACGUUAGCUUCUGUUGCUCUGACUAACCACAGUUUUGCUGUGUGUGUGUGUGUGGACUCAUGUUAACACUUGCUCUAAAUUGAUCAAUAAUGCUAAUGCUGAUCAUUUGUCUGUUUCUCAUUUUUGCAGUAAAUUACAAUAGCUCUGCGCGGACGACGAAGUACCGACACAUGGUCCAUUCUCACAGCCGAUUGAGUUUCCCGAAAAAGGGUUAGAACUGUAGACGAUUUGGGCAUUAAGACAAAAAAUAAGGACAUUUUUAAAAGUUAAAAGUCGGAUCAACUGUCCUUCUUCUUGAACACUAAAGUGAUGCAUACACUACUUUCUCAUUUUUGCGUGAAGCCAAUUUCUCACAAGUUCAAUGAACUGGUUGACCUCCUGAACCAGAGGUUGUGUUUGGCUAAUCUAACCCUCCAGUGAGAAGCCAGGGGAGAUGGGUAUUUUUAUUUUUAUCUUAUGUUUUUGUUGUUUUAGUUUAUUAUUUUCUUAAUCUGUGCACUUUCAUUAUAUAGGACUAUAACAGACUAUUAUUAUUAACCAAUAGGAAAGCGUGGUAGCACUAUGGUUUGUGAGUAAUUCAGUAUAGAUUACACUAUAGGAUUAUACGUCCUGCUGAAAAAUCGGAAUUUUAAGAGACUAUUUACUCCGGUAAGGGCUUCGCAAACCACAGAGCGACUAUUACGGCUUCAUCCUCAAGAUUUUAUCCAUGAAAUAAUCAUUCUUUUAUUGUUUUGUUACUUCAUAUGUUAUGCUGUUGGUUUUCUCUUGUGUUUGUUCUACUGCCAUGUUCUCUACAAAAAAAUCCAGGGUGAUCAAAUUCUGGGGUUUUUUCAUGUAUUUAUUAUUCCUAGGAAUAGUUCAAAAUAACACAAUGAAACUUGACAACGCUCUGACUCAAGUAGGUGAGUGGUGUUUUGGGAAAAAUUUAAGCAACGUGAAAAGCUUUUCCUAUCUUCUUACCGAGGGCGUUCCAAUGAAGCGGGAUCACUGACUCUCAGAAUUCUCUGCAAGUGCAACAAUUAAAUUCCAAAUUGGAAUUGUUUCAUUCUCUCUUCGUUUAUCGUGCCAAAUCUUGGUGCACCGUUUAGGUUGAAAAGAAUCAAGACAGAAAGAAGACAAGCCGUCACUUACAAAGGUGUAAUUCGGGCCAUGGCUCUCUGUGCGAGUGCCGGGGGUUUUGAUUUUUUGGUUUGUUCAGUUCUUCGUUUCUGACCAGUAGUGCCUUUCAUUGUUUCAAGGGAGAAUCUUAGACUAGUGUUUUUAUGUUUUCAGUUUUUUUUAUAAAGGUGAGGACCUCGGGUUCAAAAUGACUGUGAGCAGCAAUAAGUGCAAAGGGAAUUUCCGCCCUGUCUGCAUGAGUGAGAUGAUAGUUUUAAAAUUAGCUCAAUAAAACUGAAAUUGUAUUGAAUUCUGCGGGUCAGUGAUCCAUUCAAUAAAUUCAGGGGUAUUAAAGAAAGGUUGGUUUUUUUAUCAAACUUUGGGAACCAAAAGAAAUCCCUUUGGCCUCCUGUUUUUGAACAAAAUGCUCCAAGCAUCUGUAAUGUGUUGGGGUCGAUCAGUGUACUAGUGGAAACAUCUACUUAUCUCUAGCUUUGUUUGGUGAAGGUAAUGUGAUAUCAGUAGUAUUGUUGAAAAAAUGUGCAGCGGGCGCAUUUUACCUUUCUUUUCGUCCGAUUUGUUUGUUGGUUUGUUUGUUUUUUUAUUCUUGAAUCUUUUUUUACGUCAUCUUUGAGCAUUGUGUUUUCAGGAAACAGAAAACAAAAUGGGCAUCAACAAGCAUGAAUAGUGCCAUUAUAGCCAAUGCUUGUUUGUUGAGGCGUUAAAGUUACCAAUAAGGACGAGAAGCUAAAAAAAAAAAGUGCAAUUCAGAUACAGUUUUACAUUUAAAAAAGAAAAAGUUUUCUGUUUGCUGGAAGCGAUAGCAUUGUCAUAAUAAAAUUAGCUGUGCGAACUUGAUAUUGUCAUAUUGUGUUUCAGUAUUGAUCCAUAAUGAGGGUUUGAUAUCUUUAUAUGAAAUAACGACUUCACCUGUAUGUUGGUAUUUAUUUGAAUUGUCAUGCAGUACUGUAUUCUUAUCAAUAAUGUGCAUUAUGAUUAGUGGCAUAUUGAUUACAGCUAAAUGUCAUAUGCAUGUUUCUCAGUCAUGGGACCUUUACACAGAAUUGAAAACAAACAUUUUAAAUCUUUUUUUCAGGGUGUUAGAAUAAAAAACAAGGAGAAAGGAGGAAAAAACAAGAAAAGACGAGAGUUAAGUCUGAUGUAUUAUUGGUGAAUUAAUCCUAUGAAAGUGUUUUGUUUGUUUUCCAGUAGGAGGUGGUAUGUCUGUGUAAAGGUAGUCAUACUGGCUAAAAAUAAAAAAAUAAAAACUUAAGUUUCAA